CAUACAGCACAGUGGCAGCGGAGCUCUUUGUCUUCAUUUCGUGGAGUUUUCUGGUGAAUUCAGCAUGCAGAACUUGAAACGUCUAGCCAAACCCACAGCUCCAAACUAAUGAGAAUGAAAUUCUGAAGGAAACUGGAUUUUAAGGCGCACACAACAACCUUCCUUUCCCAUUUUUGUACAUACGUGAACUCUCGAGCCUUUAAUUAACAGCCAUCUCGGCUUUCUACUUCAAACAUGGCUUUAAGGACCAGAACACACGAAUGCGGACUUUUUCUAGUGUUUACUUUGAUGUGUGAAGUGAUCUAUGUGCAGUCAGGGUCUUUCAGUUUUACCAAGGAGCUGAAAUCCCAGGAUGCCCUGCACGGGCGAAGUGCCAUGCUGCGGUGCGAGGUGACUGAUCCUCAAGGUGUGAUCUUCACCUGGAUGCACAAUGGGAAAACAGUCAACAACACAGAGCGACGCUUUAUGGAAAAAGGCAGCCUGAAAUUCACGGCUAUUGACAGAUUACUGGACUCUGGAAAUUUCCAGUGCAUUGCCUCGAAAAACAGCACUGGUGAAACCUACUCGACCAGCGAGGUCUCCUUCAACAUCAAGUGGUUGGAAAGUGGUGCGGUGACCCUGAAGAGUCCAGAAUCAGAGGAAGAAAUUAAGAGCUCCUCACAAGUGAAACUACGGUGCAAUAUCGAUGGACACCCACGGCCAACAAAUCAAUGGUACAGAGAUGGAACGGCACUAACAGAGACAAGCUAUAAAAUAAACAACAAAGACCGAACACUUACGCUGCCGAACGCCAGCCCUGAUGACAACGGACUCUACUACUGCUGUGCCAAGAGCACCGUGGGUGAAGCUUGCAGCAAUGGCAACUUCACACUUAACAUCAUAGAUAAGAGUUAUCCACAGCCGGUGGUGAAGCCAGAGGAUUUGGUGGUCUUGAGGAAUGAGGAAGCUCUCUUCCACUGUCAGUUCAUGGCCGAACCGCAGCCCACUGUUGAGUGGUACCAUGAGAAUGAGCUGGUGUCCAACAAGAGCCGUGUGUUCAUUCUGAGCAAUGGCUCGCUCGUCAUCACACAAGUGAAGCAGCGGAACACAGGCCUGUACAAAUGUGUGGCUCAGGGACCCCGGGGCCCCCCUGUGUCUCUCGAGGCCUUUCUGCGAAUAGCAGAAAUCGAGGACAUGGUUGCCAAACAGUCGCUAGUGUUCACCACAGACUCUCUGGAGCGAGUCCCGUGUCGCCCACCUAAGGGGCACCCGGAGCCAGAGGUUUGGUGGGAACGUGCGGAACAGCGAGUUCCUGCCAUGGGCAGGGUGUACCAGGACGGGCUGAACCUUAUUUUCAGUCCCACCCGCGGCGAAGACUCUGGGACCUACACGUGUGUCGCACAAAACAAGGCUGGCCAGAGGAAACAGGAGUUGACGGUCACUGUAGCCACUAAACCGGAGUGGGUCCAGAAGCCGGUUGACAGUCAUUUAGAAGAGGGCUAUGCUGGGUACCUACACUGUCAUGCUCGUGCCACACCUGAACCCAAGGUCACAUGGUACCGUAACAUGCAGCCAAUCAAUGCAGAGGAUGUUCGCUUCAAGCUUUUUUCCAAUGGAACUCUUCGUAUAAAUAACGUGGAGGUGUAUGACAGUCAAGUGUACAGCUGCGAGACCAAAACAGAGGCAGGAAAACUUCAAGCACAGGCACGAGUAUAUGUAUUGGAGCGUCUGAAGUUCACACCGACGCCACAGGCGUAUCAGUGUCUGGAGUUCAAUAAAGAGGGAAACCUGCAGUGCUCUGCAAAAGGCAGACCGACCCCCACCAUACGCUGGAUGAAAACAGAUGGCAGUGAGAUCCCAGUUUGGGUGGAGCAGUACGGAAGCACUCUGCACUUUACAAAAGUGACACGGGCAGAUGCGGGCAACUACACCUGCCUCGCAUCCAACAAUCAGCAGGGCGAGAUCACAGCCGUCGUACAGCUCACUGUUGCAGUUUACGUGGGGUUUAAACUGAAGCCAGAGAAUACCACAGUAUAUCAGGGUCACAAUGCGAUACUGCACUGUCAGGCCAGUGGAGACCCUCCUCCCUUUAUCCAAUGGAAGAAAAAAGUCACAUUUUUGGAGGCGGGCUCGAGCAGGUUUCAGAAAAUGCCCAAUGGCUCUCUGAUCAUUCAAGAUGUCAGCACGGAGGACACAGGAAGUUACACCUGCAUUGCAGGAAACAGCUGUAACAUUGCAGACACCUCAGCAGAGCUCUACGUCGUGGAGAAGCCAGUGCAGCACUCAUUGGCAGAUGAUGAAAAGACCCCUUAUAAAAUGAUCCAGACCAUUGGUCUCUCUGUUGGAGCGGCCGUUGCUUACAUCAUCAUCGUGCUGGGGCUCAUGUUUUACUGCAAACAGAGACGCAAUGCAAAGAGACUGCAGAAGACCGAGGACGGAGACGAGCAAGAGGUCGAAUGUCUUAAUGUUGGUGGCGUACAGCAGAACGGUCACCCCAUAGCAGAGAUACAAGAAGAGGUGGCACUGACCAACAUGGCUGCCAGCAGUAACAACAAACGCAACAGCAGUCACGACAAGCUACAAUUCCCGCGAAAAAACCUGCACACCAUCACCACACUGGGUAAAGGGGAGUUUGGUGAAGUGUUGCUGGCUAAAGCGCAGGCCGCUGAUGAAGCGGAGGAGACUGUUGUGCUUGUUAAGAGUCUGCAGACACGUGAUGAACACGCGCAGCUGGACUUCCGCCGCGAGUGCGACAUGUUCGCCAAGCUCAGUCAUGCUAACGUUGCUCGUCUGCUGGGUGUGUGCAGAGAAGUGGAGCCACAUUACAUGAUACUGGACUACACUGACAUGGGUGAUUUGAAGCAGUACCUGAAAGUGUCCAAGAGCAAAGAUGAGAAGAUCAAAGUUCAACCACUUAACACCAAACAGAAGGUGUCGGUGUGUUUGCAGGUGGCUCGAGGGAUGGAGCAUCUGUCCAAUCAGCGCUUUGUCCACCGAGACCUUGCUGCUCGCAACUGUCUCAUUUCAUCCAAACGACAGGUCAAAGUGUCUGCCUUAGGCCUCAGCAAAGAUGUCUACAACAGUGACUACUAUCAUUACCGGCAGUCUUGGAUUCCUCUGCGCUGGCUCCCGUCUGAAGCUGUGUUUGAAGAUGAUUUCUCAACUAAGACAGACGUGUGGUCGUUUGGAGUGCUCAUGUGGGAGGUGUUCAACUUCGGGGAGCUUCCGUAUGCGGAGCUCACUGAUGACAAAGUCCUAGAAGCUCUGCAAGAAGGGAAGCUGAAGCUGUGUCCUCCUCAGGGCUGUCCAUCACGUGUCUUCAAGCUGAUGGUGCGCUGUUGGACAGCCAGCCCUAAAGACAGACUACCCUUCAGCGAAAUUGUCACUGUCCUCAGCGAGCUGCCCUCCGAGAGCAAAGUGUAAAUAGCCUCUAAGCCAUGAUAUAAACCCCGUAAUCCUGAACAUUCAUGUUCAAUUGUCUGGCCUCAUGAACAAAAACAAGACUUGAGUGGAAUUAGUUUUAUUUUCAACCCUCUUCCUGUAAUAUAUAUGUUUAAUAAACUAUUCUGAAGAUGUGAAGAUUCCUAAAAAUAGACGGAAGGGUAAAAGAGAUUUGGUUCUUAAAGGAACAGUUCAUUUAAAAACUCUUCACUUGAUUUUGGGGGAACCAUUACUUUAAUGGGUUUUGGAAAAAAGGUGCCCUAUCACUUCUCAGUUUGAGUUCACGAAGCGUCAUGCGAAGAUAUAGUGCGUUGUAAUACCAAACCAUGCACUGAGCAGUUUUCUAUUUUAGAACGAUUGUCCCGGGAUCCUCUUAAUUUAUUUAAAAGGUCCUGUUUUCUAUGUACAGAAAGGUACUGUUUAUAUUACUUUUUUACUAUGUUUAUGCAAGCCUUUUUUUAUAUAUAUAAUUCAAAAGUACUUGUAGAAACAGACUGUUGAGAAAAAGCUUAUAAGAUGACGUGUCAUUGAGUUUCAAGUGCCUGUAAAAUGAAGGAUGUCUUGAUUUUAGUAUGCUGUAUGUUACAACUUGGAAAUGCCUUGAAUGUUUUUUUAUAUACAUUUAUAGUGUUUUAUUGCUUAGUUAAAGGUCAGUUUUUAUCUUGUAAUUGCUACCCACACUUUACAUAUCAGUUUAUCUAAAAAUUCAAAGGUAUUCUUGAAUAAACAUUGUGAACAAAAGCUUGUCGCAUACUCUGCUGUUGCAAUAAAAUAUCACUUUU